AUGGCCGCCCUCGUCGCCCACACUCAGGAUGCCCUCUCCUCCCCCUCCCGCCUCUCCCCCGAGCUCGACUCUAUCCCCGCCAAGAUCAGCGCAUACUACAGCCUGGUCUUCCCCAACUUCACAUACUAUCUUCAGACCCUCAAUGUCACCAUCGGUCGUCGCUGCAUUCCCGCUUCGGCUGCGUCUUCCUCUGAGAACCCCCAGGUCGACGUAGAUCUUGGCCCUCUCAAGAGCGUGUCGCGCCUGCACGCCAAGAUUGAGUACGAAGAGGAGGAAGAACGCUUCGUGCUUAUUGUCAUCGGCAGGAACGGCGCAUGGGUGGACGGUGUUUGGUCGGGGAGUGGCAGCAAGGUCCCUCUCAGCGACAGAUCACAGAUACAGAUUGCUUCGCGUACAUUCCACUUCGUCUUGCCUCCCCCACCAGCUCCGGAGGAUUCACCAUCCCCCAGCUCGAAUUCCUCCGACAACCGCGCCCGCUCGCGCUCCCCAUCGGUCGACAUUGUCGACGUCACAUCCAUCUCGCCGCCCUCCUCGCUCCCCUCAUGUUCGCCGCCGCCUGCCCCUGUAUCCCCUCUCGCCAACAAGAUACCACCACUAUCCGAAGCAGCACUGCCUAAUUCCAACACUAUCAGUAAGUUCAAGUCUAAUGCGAAGAAGCGCAAGAAGUCGGAUGCCGCUCCUCCGCCUCCUCCGCCCCCAGAACUUAUGCCCCCGAAGCCGCCAUUCACAUAUGCUCAACUAUGCUAUCGCGCCAUCAAAGCGCUCGAAGGCAAAGCUUCUCUACAAGAUAUUUGUCUGUGGAUCAAGGAGACAUACGAAUGGUACAGAUACUGCGCGAAGGACUGGGAGAGCUCUGUACGUCACAAUCUUUCCUCGAAUCCUGGCUUCAAGAAAUUGCUUCGAAGUAAGGAUGAGAAAGGCAAGGGUGCCUUGUGGACGGUUGAUGAAGCCUUCGAGCAUAACUUUGAAGAGCAGGAUGCGCGGCGACAAGCACAGGUCGCUGCAGCCGCCACAGGCACUGGUGGCAAGGACGGCAAAGUUGCGGGAAAGAAGGGAAAGACUGUGGUACCUCUGGAGCCACCAUUCAAGCGAAGCGUGAAGGGCGACGUAAAGGGACCUCUUCCGCCUCCAUUGACCUCCACGCCCCUCACGCUGAAGACGAAUUCAACGACGACGCCGAGCUUGGGCCUGUCUUCUCUUUCGGCUGCCGCUAGCCUUCAUUCGUCGAUAUCCCCUCCUCUCAAGCUUGACACGCCAGUUUCCGUCAAGUUCGAGGCCCCCGCAGUCAAACUUGAGCCUCUGGGCGCAUCAUUUGUUCCUUCAUCUGUACAUUCCACCUCUCCAGCAUCUGGGCAGUCAGCCCAGAGUCCCCCGCCAGGUGUUGGCUCGACAUCGCACGCACCUGAAGCAUCAUCCUCGUCGACCAUUCCUCCAACCUCGGCCUUCCCUGCCAUCCCUGCCACGGUCCGCAUCCCUAUCGUCGUCGGCCCUGUCCCGACGCAACCCUCUGACGCGCCGUCUUCACCGCCUAAACCAAUCGUGUUGCACGAUAACACCCUUAUCCUUAACCCUGAGAUUUUCUCACACCUCACGCCCGACCAUCUUAAGGAUCUGGAGGCAUUGGGUGCACAGAAGGCGCUCGAGAUCUUGCAGAGCUACAUUGUUCGUUACUACAAGGAGAAGCUCAAGUCUGAGGGCGGGCGUGGUCGAGGUCGGGGUCGCCCGCGCCGAGGACGAGGUGGGGUCGGCGGACGUGGCGCGACACCCAGCUCUGCGCCACGCACGGAUACGCCAACAUCGGGACCUUUCACCACAACACCGCUGCCUCCACGGAGCGCACAACCCUCGCCUCAGACUGCGUCGAACUCUCCGGAGAGCACGGCUCAGCUGGGCAGCCGGGCAGGCGUCCCGGCGCCGGCCCCUCCCAUGGGUUCCCUCCGUCCACCGGUCGACUCAGCACCUUCCCCAAUUCUGGUUAUCGAUGAUGACUCACCAGACUCAGACGAAGGGCCCUCCUCGAAGAGGCGGCGCUUGGAGGGUGCUGGCACGGGGGAUGUGUCGUGA